CUUGCUAUGCACAACACAAAGAGAGGUCACAUAUACACAAACCUGUUCCUCCUUCUCUCUCUUUUCUUACCUUCCUCCUUUCCUCUUUUCACAAACCAUUUUCUGAGAUUCCUCCAUUUCUGUUUUUCUCUUCCAUUGGAUUGUACAGAUUCCCCGUUACAAUACACACAUCAAUCUCUUCAAUUCUACUUGUUCUUUGGUUCUUCAUUUGAUUUGUUUUCCAUUAAGACUGUGUAAAGACAAACUUUUUUCUGGGUCUAUUGGUUACUGCUUUUAUACCAUUCUGGGUUUGUUGAAGAACAAGAUAAAAAAACUAGACUUUCAUAGAACUAUUAUAAUUUUCAAAGAAUUUUCAUUUUUUAAUUUUUUAAUAAAUAAAUUAUUUUCCCUUUUUUUUUUCUCUGCUCUUUUUCUUCAUAUUCCUUUUUUUUAUUCAUUUCUGGAAAAAAGAUUGAGAUAUGGGCAAGCAAGGACCUUGCUAUCACUGUGGAGUUACAAGUACACCACUUUGGCGCAAUGGGCCACCGGAGAAGCCAGUGCUAUGCAAUGCGUGUGGAUCUCGAUGGAGAACAAAGGGAACACUUGCAAAUUAUACCCCUCUGCAUGCUCGGGCAGAAGCUGAUGAUAGUGAGGAUCAAAGGGUUUCCAGGGUAAAGAUUAUAUCAUUACAUAAGAACAAAGAAAUGAAAUCUUUAAAACGAAAGCAGAACCAUGAUAGUGUUGUGGUAUCUGGUGGCCUCACCCCUGAUUACAAGUACAACCAAGGAUUUGGAAAGGCUGUAGAUGAAGAUACAAGCAAUCGUUCAAGUUCAGGAUCAGCUAUCUCUAACACAGAGAGUUGUGCUCAAUUUGGUGGCACAGAUGCUAGUGAUUUGACAGGUCCUGCUCAGUCAGUGGUUUGGGAAGCCAUGGUGCCUUCCAAAAAGAGGACUUGUGUGGGUCGUCCUAAGGCUUCUUCUGUUGAGAAGCUAACAAAAGACUUAUGCACUAUACUUCAUGAGCAGCAAUCUUAUUUUUCUACAUCUUCUGAAGAGGAACUUCUGUUUGAAAGUGAAACACCUAUGGUCUCUGUUGAGAUAGGACAUGGAAGCGUUCUUAUAAAACAUCCUAGUUAUGUAGCUCGCGAAGAGGUGUCUGAGGCUAGCGCUGUUUCAGUUGAUAACAAACAAUGCCUAGUGAGUGAAGCAUAUUCAGAUUCUGGUCCCUUUCUUGUGUAUAAUGAUUUGAAUGGUAUGAACUUCUCAUCCUAUGGAGUCGACAAGGUUGAGAAUUCUGCUGACCAAGAAAUGCAGGAGGAGCAACUUAAAAGUGACAAAUCUCAGCUUGAGAGAGUACAAAUACUUGGAGACCAUAAUUCCCCAUUGUGCUCAAUAGAUUUAAAUGAUGUAGUAAACUACAAGGAGUUUGUGAGAAACAUGACAAAUGAAGACCAACAGCUAUUGCUGAAGUUUCUUCCUAUGGUUGAUACUGCUAAACUUCCUGAUAGCCUUAAAGUCAUGUUCAAUAGCUCUCAAUUCAAGGAGAACUUGACUUAUUUUCAGCAGCUUCUUGGGGAAGGUGUCUUCGAUAUCUCUUUCUUAGGGGCAAAACCUGAGGACUGCAAAACUUUGAAAAGGCUUGCAUUAUCCAAUCUGUCAAAGUCAAAAUGGGUAGAACAUUAUAGUUACCUGAAGAGAUGUAAAACCACAGCUGCGAAAUCUGUUAGUCAGGGAUCAACUGGUAAAGCAUCAUCUAAUUUUGCGAAUGCGAAGAGAUUGCGUGAUGGCCAAAAUCAAAACUCUCCAGAACUGAAGACCAUGAUGAGGAGCCCCAAAGGAAUGACCAUAAAGAUUGGCAGUGAGGGAAAUGAAGUUGUAGAAGAUGGCUCUUGCUAUAGUCCAAAAAGCCUGUUUGCUUUGCCCCCUGAUGCUGCCUCGCUCUUGCAAGUUUCUUCGAACUUUGUUGAGGAGAGUUCUGAUCAUGAUGUUUUGGUAGAGGUCCCAUCUAAUAGUUCAUUCCCACAGGCAGAACUUCUGCACCCAACAUCAAGCUUUGGUGCUCAAGCAAGCACAAGUAGUAGCUCAGUGUACUCACAUUUUGUCCAUAAUUAAGUACUCUUCACUGGUUUUUUUUCAGUUCUGAGAGUCUGCAGCACAUUUUGCAAUAUCUUAAAACACAUGUUGGUUGUGUUUUUUAAUUUCCUCGCAACCUCUUUGAGCUUGGAUUGCCAACUAUGCAAGUUGGUGGCUUUUUUUUUUUUUGUCUUAUUUUUCCUUUUGGGUAUAGGCAGAUUGUAACAUAUAGCUUGAAAUUCGGAGUCACAAUCUCCAGAGUUUUGUAUGCUAUUGUAGCUUGUUUUGUGAAUAGUUUUGACCUCCAAUUUUCCCCUCAUAGAAGCCUUGCAUACCCCAACUUUUUUAUAGGCAAAUAAAAUGAGAACACAGCUUUAUGGCAUAA